AUGAGUCGCUCUCAUGAUCUUCUCAAUGUAGAUGGAAUGACCUGCCUCAAGGUUGAAAACCUGGCAUACCACACUAUAUCUGGCAACCUGAAACAUGUCUUUGAGGAUUAUGGACCUGUUCGUGAUGUAUACAUCCCCCGAAAUCCCUUAACUGAAGAGCACUAUGGCUUCGCCUUCAUCCAUUUCUACAACAAAUGUGAUGCCGAGGAUGCCGUGCGUGCCCUAAAUGGGAUUUUACUGGAUGGUUGUAAACUGAAGGUACAGAUGGUGCACAAUGAUGAUCCAAAUUAUGCUCAACCUGAUUGUGGCCAGGGAAGGCAAUACGAUUAUAAGGAAGAAAACCAUGAAUUUCAGAGCCAAUGUGAAAGACAGCAAUGUUCCAAUACCAGGAUCCAAACCAGAUCUCACAGCAGAUCUUCUCCAGACCACUCAGAAUCCAAAACUCAAACUUGUAAUCAUUCAGACAGAAGAUUGUCAGCAACCGAAAGAUCCAAGACCCAGUCUUUAGUGUCUACUCAGUGUUUGCCAAACAGGGCCUCUCCAAAGUCCAGAAACCUUUCAGGAGAAACGACGAAACCAAAAUCUAAAUCUUCACGUAAGAGUGCCUCCAAGUGUCCCUCAGGAGUAGGACUUCUUCUAGAAGAAAAUAUGGAGAACAACCAGAGGCAACUGGGAAAUGUGCAAUCCAAUUCUACAUUUGAAAGGCCACAUAGAUCAAAAAGAACUGCAACUCGCACAUUGAUGGCAAGGCCAAAUACCAGAAGUCAGACAAAAAGUAGAUGCAAAAGCUCACAAAAUUCAAGAGAAAGUCCAAGGAUGGAGCGAAAUUAUGUACAAAAUAACCAAAGGCAAAUGGAAUAUCUACAAUCUGAGUCAAUAAUAAAAACAACAUGUUUAUCAAAAGAAAUUAAACCUGAAAUACUGAUGGUAUAUGAUAAAUCUCAGAGAAAAACAAGAAGGAGGAGCCAAGGACAUCCAAGAUCCAACAUUUCAAGUAGAUGUGGAACAAACACUGCAGAUGCUCUGCAUAGAGGUGGUUCUAAAAGAGGCCAAUUUAACUCCCUUAAGCAAUCUGAAAAGAGAACAAAAAUGCGAAUAGGGGAGUGGGGGUUUUGUACAGCAAAAAGUGAUAGUAACCUGAGCAAUAAUGAUAUCACUGAAGGGAUGAGAUUUACUUUUCAUAAAGGGAACACAAAUCCACAAAAUGACCUUUCAGGGCUUAGCCGUCAAGACGGUAAUAGGAAAAUACAGAAGCAAGUGGACUAUCAACAACUUGAGUCAAUAUGUGUAAUUCCUUUUACACAAGAAGGAAAUAUAACUGAAGUUUUAAUGGAAGACACAUUUAGUAAUGAUAGAAGCAAGAGUCCAGAAGUUCUGAUACUUGAAGAAGCAAUAGAAAGUAGGCUACUUCCAGAUACUAAUGAUGUGGCACUAGUAGAAGCUCAUCAGUGUUUAUCACCUGAAACUUUUGAAGAUCUUAGGAAUGAUGUUCCUUGCAAUUUUUCUAAUAGUCACACACUUUUACCAUUAAGAGAAGAUUUAGACAUAUCUGAGAUGCAAAACCUAUAUUUUUUCACAUCUUUUCCAACAAGAGAACAAAUGAUGUCAGGGAGCACUGCUCAUAGAAAUCAGUCUACGUCUGUAACACCAACGAACUUUGCCACUGCAGAAACUGAUCUAAAAGAACACACAAACAUCUCUGUCUGUCCUAACCAAACAGGUAUACAAAAUUCUGAAAUAAUUUUUGAUGACGAAACUUUGAAUACUAAUUUAGAUUUUGCAAUAGCUACAUCAUCAGUAAACAUCAUGACAGGAGUUUUUGAAGUAGAUAACAAUAAUCUCACUGAGAUUAACUUAGAGUUUUGUGAGUCAUUGUCAAAUCAAGAUAAUACAAGAGUUCAUUCUGCUCACAAUAGUAUUUCUAAUUCUGUUUCCAGCUCUAAUUCAAAUUCUACCAGUAAUUCUAGAAUGAAUUACUCAGUGCUUUCUUUGUUAAAUUCCAGUCAACAUUUUCUUCCUGUUCCUAGUACAAGUGCCAUUACUAUUGACAAUGAUAUUAAUUUACCACAUACUUCACAAAUUAAUCAAGAAAGUAAUGAAUUCAUUGUAUUUCAUUACCUGCCUUUUGAGGUCAGGCAGCAAAUGCAUGUUCCAAGCACAGAAACGUCAAAUGAUAAUGAUUCUUGGCCAGUUUUACCUGAUUUUUCAAACUUCAAUUAUAUUCAUAAUAACCACCCUAAAGGACUUACCAAAGAACAGAUUAAUACUUUACCAAUAAGAAUGUUUUGUGAAGAUGAUAAAUUAAACCAGUGCAGUAUUUGUAUUACACCAUACACACAAAACAGUAAGAUUCGUGUACUACCUUGCCUUCAUGAAUAUCAUGAUGAAUGCAUUGAUCGCUGGCUGAUUGACAACGCUACCUGUCCUAUUUGUCGCAAACAUAUAAUAAAUCCUGAUGACACAGAAUUUCUAUUUUGA